AAGAGAGAGAGAGAGACACGCACAGAAGCGACCCCUUCUGCGCCGACUAAGACUCUUGAGUGACAAGUAAUGCAAGACAAUGGCCAUUAACUGUUUCAGGCCUUCCCCUCUCUCCAAGCUUCCUCUUCCUCCCCGGAUUCGCCCUCUCUGCUCUGCCAGUGGGAUGGAAACACCAGCAACAGGGGAGAAGAGCGAAGAGGCGAACAGAGCAAAUCCGAGAAAGAUAUUCGUUGCCGGUGCGACCGGUAACUCCGGCAAGAGGAUCGUAGAUCAGCUUGCAGCGAGGGGAUUCGCCGUCAGGGCUGGUGUGCGUGAUGUUGAACGUGGCAGGAACGCAUUUUCUAACCACCAGAACGUUCAAAUUGUGAGAGCUGAUGUUACAGAGGGGUCAGAGAAGCUGGCAGAAGCGAUCGGCGAUGCAGAGGCAGUGGUCUGUGCCACUGGGUUCCGGCCUUCACUAGAUCUCUUUGCGCCAUGGAAGGUUGACAACUUUGGCACAGUCAACCUUGUUGAUGCGUGCCGCAAGGUUGGGGUGAACCGAUUCAUUCUUAUUAGCUCCAUCUUGGUAAAUGGUGCUGCGAUGGGCCAGAUACUCAAUCCUGCUUAUAUAUUUCUUAACGUGUUUGGACUCACAUUGAUAGCAAAGCUUCAAGCUGAGAAGUAUAUAAGAAAAUCUGGGAUAAACUACACCAUCAUAAGGCCUGGUGGAUUAAGAAAUGAUCCACCCAAUGGGAACAUUGUCAUGAAGCCAGAGGAUACACUCUCUGCAGGUUCUAUAUCUAGGGAUCAGGUUGCCGAGGUUGCGGUUGAGGCGUUGCUAUAUCCUGAGGCUUCAUACAAGGUGGUUGAAAUAGUUUCACGUGCAGAUGCACCCAAACUUUCAUUCGGGGAAAUGUUUGGUGCCAUAAGACAUGCUUAAUGGUUCGUUUGUGUGAUUGAAUUCUCUGUGUUCUUUUCCUGUUUGGCUAUAAAUCAUGUUAACUAUAACUGAAUGUCCAAUUAACAUUUAGUAAAUGCCUUUUGUGCAUGUUCCAUGUAGUUGAUCUCUGUGUA